AUGCCAACCGUUAAUGAACUUUUUUAUCCAUACAUACCACAAUUUCAACCAGGACCAACUGGUGAACCAACGCCAGCUAUUAAAGUUCUUAGUUCAUCAGAGAUUAAUACUGAUUUAAAUAAACUUCACGAAAUUCCAUCAUCCAACUCGUUGUCUUUAUCAAACAAAUUAUUAAUUGCGGGUGGACUAUUCUUAUGCGUAUGUACUGCAGUUGUUGUACCAGUUUUUAUUACGCAUUAUGUUAAUCAAACACGAAGUACAACGACUAAUACUACAACUGUACCAACCACCACAACUAGAGCUCUAAACUAUACUCAAGUUACUUUAGCUGGUGAUCCCAUUGCUGGUAUUUAUAAUGCAGCCUAUGGUGGCUCAAGUACAAAUUCAUCUGCUGGAUCUAAUACGGCUGGUACUUAUCCUUCAACUGAAAAUCCCCCAAAUUGUAUUGAUAGUAAUACAAAUACAAAAUAUUUAAAUUAUGGUGCUAAUUUUGAUGGUUAUAAUACUGGAUUUUAUGUUAUGCCACAAGUGGGCAGUUCAAUAGCAACAGGAAUUUUGUUCGCUACGGGUAAUGAUCAUAGUGAGAGAGAUCCAAUAACAAUCACAAUUGAAGGUAGUAAUGCAGCUGCAUCUCUCCUUAGUCAAGGUUCAUCAUGGACAUUGAUUUACAAUGGGUCAACCGGUAUUUCACCAACAGUUGACCCGGGGAGAAGCACAUAUGUUCAACAACAAAAUUUCACAAAUACUCAAGCAUAUACAAGUUAUAGGGUUUUAGUCACAUCAGUAAGAACAGCAUCAAAUGGGUGCUGUGUACAAUAUAGUGAAUCACGAAUUUAUGGUUAUGUUUAA